AUGGCGGGGCACAAAGCGAUGUCGAUGGAGGCGAUGCUCGACGAGGAACGAAAGGAGGUGCUCGCACUUCUAGAGGGAUCUUCGAAUCCACGACCUAGGCCUCCCAGCUCGCUCGAGGGGCGCUCCCCAUCACCCUACACCCCCCGCUCCCCGGUGCGCAGCAUGCUAGACAUUGGUGAUGACCCUCCGUCUCCUAUACUCCUCUCUCCAGUGUCCCCCAAUAGUUUUCGUACUAAGACAGCAUGCGCCAAAGCAGCCCCCGUGAGGAGUAUGCUCGACGUAGACAGCCCGCCACCACCGAAACCGGUCCGAAGCAUGCUGGACGUGGACAGCCCACCUCCCGCGACAAAACAAGUGUUGAGUACGCCCUCGUCGCCGACCGACUCAAGUGCUCGCGCCCAGGCGGCUAACAGCGCCCAUCCGAGGAGCAUGUCGGACGCCUCCGCGAGGCCUGUCGACUUUGGGCCGAGGUUGGGCCCUGCGCGAGUCGACCCGACCAGUGAGUACCAGUUUUCCGGCAUCAUCACGAACCACGUAGGCCAGGCCCUACCGAAACGAGUCACCCAGGGCGGCAAGCGGACCGGCGGAAUAUCCGACCAGGGCACUAAGCGAUCCAAUGCCAUGGCCGAGAUAAUGAGGGGCAAUGACAUCUCUGGCCUGGCUCUGCCCGGCGACCGAGGGCGUCACCAUUCCGCAAGCGGACCGUCAAUGCGCCUGGGGAACAAGUCAAAAUCGCCCAGCAGCCGCCCCGGGGUGCGCUCGCACUCCCCACAUCAUGGGCCCCUCCUACGAAACCUCAGCCCCGCCGCCCGAGCAGCACUCAAUGACCCUGAUGUCGCCGACUACAACAAUGCAUAUAGGCGACUGUCGGACGCUGCCCUAGCCCGGUCCGGCGGAAGCUUGUCGGAGCUGGGAAAACGGAAGCCCUCAAACUACAUGACCGGGACUGGCAGGCUAGCUAAGGACUACCUGAGCCCCGACGGUGAACUAUUGGUGGAGGAUAGCAGCGAGGACAAUGGAAGUUCGUCCGGGGAGGAAGGACAGCGGGGGAGGAAGACUGCUCGGCCCGAAGGCCCCGAUGGCCAACGACAAGCUAAGAGCCUUCUGGCCGCGGCCGAGGAAGAACGUCUCCAAGUGGCAUCCCAGCAACCCUACCAGUACAGGUCGCUUCUGGACGAGCCAGAAAUCACGGUGACGAACCCAUCCGGCGAGCGUGUAAAACACAGCAAGCCCGUAAUCCACCCGACGACCAGCUUUGAUGACCCCCCUGGGACCGGGACUCACACACCCAUGGACUCGGAUACUGAGGCGGACCUCACCGACAUUAAGAGAGCGCAGAAACUGUCAUUCGCCAUGACUCAGAUUAUGGACACCCCGGAGGCGCACCGGACGAUCCAGAUCAUUACCCGAGGCGAGUACUCAAAGCUCGUCCAAGACGCCGAAGAGGAACACCGGCCCCCGCGCAAGUACCUCGUGGCCACGGACCUGAGCGAUGAAUCAACCCACGCGCUCGAGUGGGCCAUCGGCACGGUCCUCCGCGACGGCGACACCCUCCUGGCCAUCUACUGCGUCGACGAGGAGACGGGCAUCGGCGCCAGCGAUAACGCGCAGGUGCCGGACGAGCCCAGGGCCAUGAAGGAGCAGGCGGCGGCCAUCAACACGGUGGCGUCGAGCAAGACGCCCAUCACGCCGAGCGGCACGGACCUGCCGCUGCGCAACCAGCGCCCCUGGCCGCUGCUGUCCAACACGUCGGACGCGGGCACCACGGCGAGCGUGUCGCCGGCGCCGUCCAUCAACCGCGAGCGCAGCAAGGCCGAGGAGGACAGGUACAGGACCGUGCAGGGCAUCAGCGAGCGCGUCACCAAGCUGCUCCGCAAGACGCGCCUCCAGGUCCGCGUCAUCGUCGAGGUGCUGCACUGCAAGAACCCGAAGCACCUGAUUACCGAGGUCAUUGACCUCGUCGACCCGACGCUGGUCAUUCUGGGGAGCCGGGGGAGGAGCGCGUUGAAGGGUGUCAUUCUCGGCUCGUUCUCCAACUACCUCGUCACCAAGAGCUCCGUGCCCGUCAUGGUGGCGCGGAAGCGCCUGCGGAAGCAGGGCAAGUAUAAGCGCGUGCCCUCGACGCACCAGAUCAACAACAUCCAUAACCCGGCCGCGAGGAGCCUGGCGAGUGCGAAGAUUGAUUAG